AUGAAGGCUUUAUACGUGUUGGCGUUGUUUGCUGUACUAUGUGUUGUCAGGGGACAACAGUAUUUCUCCGGUGGCUUGAUAUCCGCCCCGUACAGUAACUUUGACACUGUAGGAACUUACAUGGGCGGAUCCAGAUUUGGACAAGGAUGGAUGGGAUCAAUAAAUAGUAUCCUCUCCGAAGUUGUCUCUGGAUUUGGAAGUCCACAACCGUUCAUCGGAAGCGGUUUUGGACAAAGAAUGGCGGGUGGUUUCGGCGAGGUUAUUCCUAUAACGUCUGGCGGAUUUGGAGGAUUUAGUGCAAGUCAAGGAAUAACUGGUUUAAGUGGAAUUGGUGGAUUAGGAGGAAUAAGUGGAGGAAUCACCUUUGGAGAGGGUAUUGAGGGAGGAAGAUAUCCACCUGGAUCAUUCAUUGGACCCGCACCGGACUUCUUGUCGGGUGAUAACACUAAUGAUGUUAUUUCUCGAGGGGAUAUUUCGAAUUCAUGGGGUCGUGGUGAUGUGAUAGAUACCGGAUUUUCGCGAGGCGGCUCUGGUCCUUGGGUACAAACUGUGAACCCCGGAUUCUCUUUCGGGUCAUCCAACUCUUGGGGUAGGAGCGGUGUAAUGGACUCCGGAUUUUCCUUAGGAUCCUCCAAUUCAUGGUCUCAAGGAAACGUUGCAUCUUCGCCCAUCUACUAA